GAGACAUUUUGAAGGUCGGUCUGAGCUGAGGUUAGAUUGUGCUGAAUAUCAUCUCCCCUGUCCUCUUACCGUUAUAAUGUGCAGUCGGAGAACAGGUGCGUGACUAAGACGUUAUAUUGCAUUGACCGCAUCAGCGUUAAAACGAAUUGGGAAAAUGAAUGGAGACUAGUCAUGUUCGCCGGUUUACUGCGGCUCAACUAGGGACAAAUCAUAUCAAGGAGUCCAAACAGGUUCCACGGGAGGCUUUACUGGACGGACAGUAUCACACUGCAUUGUGGACUACUCUGUAUUGAGAUGGACUGGAACUUAGGUGUCGUUUCUAGACGGUGCGCGUUUGCAGGAGCUAUUUCCCCAGUUUAAUUUGGCCACUAAUUGUACUGUGUAUUGGGUCAUGUUGUCUGCGUUCAACACGUUGCCUGAGAGCGAGGCUGGAACAGGUCACUGGUUCACUCCAUCCAUAAUUUAGGAUGACGCCUCUUGGUCAAACCUGCUCGGUGUCCUCCUUGUUUCCUCGCCGCGUCUUCAGAGUUCAACCGUCUCACCAGCAGACUGAGCGCUCCUGAGCACUGCUGUGACCCUCCCUUGUUUGGCUCUCCUGGCUGACGUCCCAGGGAGGUGAUGCGACGGUUUGUCUACUGUAAGGUGGUGCUGACCACCUCUUUAGUGUGGGUGCUGGUGGAUGUGUUCUUGCUGCUCUACUUCAGCGAGUGCAACAAAUGUGAUGAAAGGAAAGACAGCUCGCUGCUCCCUGCCCUGCGAGCUGUGAUAUCUCGGAGCCACGAGGGCCCGGGGGAGAUGGGCAAGGCAGUGAACGUCCCCAAGGAUGACCAGGAGAAAAUGAAGGAGCUCUUUAAGAUUAACCAAUUCAAUCUAAUGGCCAGCGAUAUGAUCGCACUCAACAGAAGUCUGCCGGACGUGAGGUUGGAUGGCUGUAAGACCAAGCUGUAUCCAGAUGACCUGCCAAACACCAGCAUUGUCAUCGUGUUUCACAACGAGGCGUGGAGCACCCUGCUGCGGACAGUCCACAGUGUCAUCAACCGCUCUCCCAGACACCUGCUAGUGGAGGUCCUGCUAGUCGACGAUGCCAGCGAGCGAGACUUCUUGAAGAAGAAACUGGAGAACUAUGUGCGGAGUCUGGAGGUGCCAGUGAGGAUCCUUAGGAUGGAGCAGCGUUCAGGUCUAAUCAGAGCCAGGUUGAGGGGGGCGGCCGCCACCAAAGGUCAGGUCAUCACCUUCCUGGACGCUCACUGCGAGUGUACUGUUGGCUGGCUGGAGCCCCUGCUGGCGCGCAUCAAAGAAGACAGGACAUCAGUGGUGUGCCCUAUCAUCGAUGUCAUCAGCGACGAGACGUUUGAGUACAUGGCAGGCUCAGAUAUGACCUAUGGUGGAUUCAACUGGAAGCUGAAUUUUCGCUGGUACUCUGUUCCCCAGCGGGAGAUGGAUCGACGCAAGGGGGACAGAACACUUCCUGUCAGGACUCCCACCAUGGCAGGAGGAUUAUUCUCCAUAGACAAAACAUACUUUGAAGAAAUAGGAAGCUACGAUCCAGGGAUGGAUAUCUGGGGCGGAGAGAACCUGGAAAUGUCUUUUCGAAUCUGGCAGUGCGGUGGCUCGUUGGAAAUUGUAACAUGUUCGCACGUGGGCCACGUUUUCCGGAAGGCCACCCCGUACAGUUUCCCCGGAGGAACGGGCCAAGUCAUCAGCAAGAACAACAGGCGCCUGGCUGAAGUUUGGAUGGAUGAUUUCAAAGAUUUCUUCUAUAUCAUAUCACCAGGUGUGAUGCGCGUGGACUACGGAGACGUUUCUUCCCGUAAAGACCUCCGCGAGGCCUUGAAGUGCAAACCGUUCUCCUGGUAUCUGGAGAACAUCUACCCAGACUCCCAGAUCCCGAGAAGAUACUACUCACUUGGUGAAAUCAGAAAUGUUGAGACCAACCAGUGCGUGGACAACAUGGGAAGAAAAGAGAAUGAGAAAGUUGGCUUUUUCAACUGUCACGGCAUGGGUGGAAACCAGGUGUUCUCUUACACGGCGGAUAAAGAAAUUAGGACAGAUGACCUCUGUCUGGACGUCUCGCGCAUCAACGGACCCGUUGUCAUGCUCAAGUGUCACCACAUGAAGGGCAAUCAGAUGUUCGAGUACGAUGCCGAGCGACUCACCCUGCUGCAUGUGAACAGCAACCAGUGUUUGGACAUGCCGUCUGAGGAGGACAAGAUGGUCCCCACCUUGAGAGACUGCAACGGCAGCCGCGCUCAGCAGUGGCUGCUCCGUAACAUGACCCUAAGCGUCUGAUCCCUCGCCUCAUAUCUCUCCCCCACCACUCUAUCCUCAUCCUAACUGUUCCUGGCUCUCCACACCCUCGCCAGGUGGCUCUUACCACAGCACAACAUACGCCUCUUCCUGUAACAGCCUGGCCAGCUAAUACAGAGAUCCAGGCAGCAGCGGCUUAUCUUCCAUUAUGAAGGCCGUCUCUUUUUACAGCUCGCCACAGGUUUGAGAGAAGCUGCACCUGCCAUUCGGGCGACACGACAAGGUGUGGCUUUGGGGACCUUGUCGUGUCCAAGCAGGGAGAUCGGUGUGUGAGGUCUGUGCAAGGACAACAUUGAAAUCAAAGCACUCACACUGUGUCAGCCAGCUGCUAGCCGUGCAUCCACUGUGCUGCUCAGACUGCCGCUUAGCUGCUGGACAAACCAAACAAAUAAACAGAAGAGCAUUUAUAACUAGAAUAUUGCAAGGCAUGUCUCUGCGAUGGUCUGCAAUCUAAAUACAAGACUGUUGUCAUGACUGCUGCUCACCCUCUCUCCAUAUCAGUGUCUCAAGUACAUUCAAAUAACAGGAAGUGAUGCCGUUAACAGAGCCCGACCAAUACUGGAUCUGUGAAGCCCAUACUGAUAUUUAUAUUUCAGGGUUAAAACAUUUGAUCUUUGGUUUUAAAGUCAAACUGAAAUUUAAUUUCUCAUCACUUUUGGUGUAAGGAAAUGUAAACUAUAAUGAUAUUUCAGCUGUUGUGUAUAUUUUUCCAAUAUUUAAAAAGAGGAUUAAACACUGCAGACAUAUUUGUAGAAACCGUGUCUAAGCUUGGAGCCUCUUGGUGGGCGUUUCUAACCCCAGCUGGUGACUGACAUUUGAGAGCCGGUGUUGCGCCGUCAACGUCCGUUCUGUGGUGCGCUGCUGACUGAGGAACAUCAUUAUUGUUUAAUUAUCUUUUUAUAAGCCUUAAUGAUUUAAGCGAUCUGUAAAACCCAUUUUUUUUUGGUAGUAAGAAACCAAAUAAAUACAAAAUCAAAACAAACAGAUAUAUAUAUAUAUAUAUAUAUAUAUAUACAUACACACACACACACACACACACACACACACACACACACACACAGUAUAAACCGUAUUAUAAUUCCUCAAAUUUGGCUAUUAGAAAACAUAUAAUUUAGGCAUUUACAAGUUUUACUUAUCAGUUCUCUCUGAUGGACAAACUAUGUAAUGGAUACUCGAUUUCUAAAAUACCUCAAACGUAUCUUUGGCAUUUCUGUAACAGUUUCUUGUGAAUGAUCAGCUGGCGUAUAGGCAGAUAAUAAUAUAUCUGUGAGAAGUUGAUCUGCCAAUUUAUUGGUCGGGCUCUAGUUGUUAAGGUGGAUUUCUUGAGAUGUUUGGAAACAAAUAUUAACCUGAAUACUUCAAACCAUUAUAUUAAAAAAAAUGAAUAGAGUGCAGCUAUAACGUCCUCCUGGAUUAAUCUCACAAUGUUCCAUAUUAGUGAAACAGGAAUUACAGUAUGGAAGUGUGAGGCAGCUCUUUGGAUCUGUACGGAAGUUUAUUUAUAACAGGCUUUUUGAAGAAGUGAAAGAAGUGUUUGCAGGAAAGGAAGAAGCAAGUAAUCGAAACUCUGCCAUUGAUUUUAAAUGAAUGUAGGAGUUUUCCCUAAAUGAUUGACUGUGUUCAGAAAUCCUUAACUGCACUGUGUCAUCACGGCUAUCUGAGAGCGUCACUAAUGAAGAUUCUGCAAGUUUUCAGAUUCCUACUACCAAUGUCUUUAAAAAGUAAUGAUGUCUUGGAGCCGGAUAGUUAGGUGUGCCUUUAGAAAGUUGUUUACUGGUUUUUAGAAAGUUGUUUAUUUGGUUCAUUGGUUUUUAGAAUGUUUUUGGUGUUUAAAAAGAAGAAUGUUCUUUUUUUCUCUUCUCAUUUUGGGUAAAAAACAAACUGUGUAUUAAUAAUAAAUAACUGUCAUAUCUCAUGAAUAUGUCACCAUCCUAUUAAUGCUUGAUCAAACUUUUCGUUGAAGUCAACAUUCAGUAUGUCAACACUCACCAAUGCAAAUGUGACAGGUACUUUUCAUUGUUGAUCAGGCAACAAAUGUUAUUGUACAUAAUGCUGUUAACAGGUUUCUAUCACCAUUGUUGUUGUACAUACAGAACCAAUUAUUUUUCUAUGAUGCUGUGAAACAUGAACACUGAGAAAAAACAUUGAAUGGUGAAAAGAUCACAAGGUUCAGUAUUGUAGUGUUUUAUUUGGAAUCGUGGUAAUAAAAAACAGUGCUUACCUUGGAUUUUGAAAUUGCGGUGUGUUUUGGAAAUCAUCCUCGUCCCCACGUAACCAAUACUCAGACCACCUUGAGGACCUCAAGCGAGCUCUACAUGAGGGAGCAACUACUGCUGAAAUACUAUCAAAGCUGCUUGAAUACUGAAUCCUUGCCAAGUGCCUGCUUGGCAUUCAGACUAAAAUUCAAUCACGUCUUUCAUAGUACCAAUACACAUAUAUUGUUUUUCAUUAUUUUAAAGUGCAUGGUGUUAAAAUAGGAAUGUAAUUCUUCAAUGUACUGGUUGUAAAGUGACGUUACCUGUUUGUAAAUUUUGCCUUUUUUUUUUUUUUUUGGAGAAAAAAAACUUAGACUGAACAUAGAUUUAGCAUUAAUUUCAGUGUCAAGCAAGCACAUCAUACCAAUACAUCAGUUGUUUAAUAAACCUUGUUGAAGCUU